AUGGCAUCCGAUAAAUGUUUAGUUUGUGGAGAACAACUACGUAGUCCUUCAUGGUGUAUAAGCUGUGAAGCUGAAGUUUUCAAUCGACAGAAAUGGUCAAGUGGUAGCACAAGGAUUGACCGAAUGAUUAAAUCUAUCCAUGCAAGAAAUAAUGGGAUUUACCUUGAAUGGAUUCCGUUUGAAGAUAUUGACAUGGUAGAAUAUAAAACAAGAGGCCCCUUCAGUAUCGUCUAUAGUGGACUAUGGUUAGACGGUCCUAGACAAUGGGACGAAACAAAUGGUGAUUGGCAUAGAAUGGGUCCGACAAAAUGUGCAUUAAAAAGAGUAGAAAAUUUUGAUCAGAUGAGUCAAGAGGAUUUAAAUAAUAUUAUAAGACAUAGUCAAUGCUUUCGAGGAAGUUUUGUUGUGGAAUGCUUUGGAAUUACACGUAAUCCAGUUGAUCCAGUUGGUUGCUAUAUGUUCGUAAUGGAGCUUGGUGAAGAAAAUUUAUACCAAUACAUUGAUAGAGUUAGAGAAUAUAUUUGCUGGGGAGAGAUUGUUGAAAUUCUUCGUGAAAUUGUUAAAGGUCUGGGACGAAUUCAUGAAAAUGAUGGACUUUAUCAUGGCAAUCUUCACGGUGGAAAUUUGUUAAUUGAAAAUACAUCUGGAAGUGUCAGUAUAAAAAUUUCCGAUAUUGGAUUACAUGGACCAAUUAAUAGAACAGCUGCG